AAUGACAGUGUAAUGGUUGAAGUGGAACAAUAAGUUUGUGUGUUUUUUUGUAAAUAAACUGUGACGCGUAAAAAUGUACCGCAAUUGGUUUUCUCGAUUCUCGGACGUAUCUUAGUUCUAUCUGUACCUUCACAACGCACGGCCAUACAGAGGUCAUUUCCGAUACCGGAGGGCCUGGUGAUGGACCCGUUGUCACCCACAGCGCUUGCAGUCCCCAACCACAUAAUGGACCGCAUUGGCAGUGGGCUAACCCUGCUCAGGGAGCACGGGAAGAAAGUUCAAAAGUAUCUAUUGAAAAAUAGAAAGUUUGAAGUUCUGAAGAAAUCAUGGAAGUCAAUAGUCAACAUCGUGUUGGUAGAAGCCAAAGACUUGCCUGUUGGAAACGAUACAUCCAAUGGUCUUUAUUGCAAAUUCAAAUUGGGUUCGGAAUCACACAAAUCGAAACAAGUACACAAAUCGAAACCAGUAUGGCGGGAACGAUUCAACUUAUUCCUAUACGACGACGACACGCUGGAAGUCACUGUAUGGCAUAAGGUGAAACAGAAAAACUUUAUCGGAAGAUGCGUCAUCGACUUGUCGCAGUUGGAGAAAGAGAAGACCCACGAACUCUGGCAGGACAUAGAUUGUGGGUUGGGCUCUAUUCACAUGCUGGUCACGUUGAGCUGUUCUGAUAGAAACUUACCCUUAGACAGUAUCCCCUCAUCAAACUGUAUUCGACAUGAACCGCCAGCUGAUGAUCAAUUCCAAUGGUAUCGCUUUGACAAUGGUUGGAGUGAAGUCGGUCAAUUGUCAUUAACACUUCAUGGCGCGAAAGGGUUAAGUGCCAUGAACUUAAGCGGGAAUGUCAACGCAUACUGUAUCCUCGAAUUGGAUAACGCAAGGGUACAAACCAAUACGAUUCGAGGCACUUCAGAUCCGGAAUGGGACAAAAGCUUUGUUUUUCCUAUUAAGGAUAUAACAUCUACACUCGACAUAGCAGUCCACGAGGAGUCAUUAAUUCAGUCAAUGAAGGGUGAAACGUUGGGUAAAAUAUCAAUACCAUUGUUGAGAAUAAAUAAUAAUGAGAAGAGAUGGUAUGCCCUCAAAAAUAGAUCUAAAAAGAGCAGUGCGAGAGGGAACUGUCCCAGGAUUUUAUUGGAAAUGUCCAUUGUAUGGAAUCCGAUUAAAGCGUCUAUGCGUCUAUUGAGACCAAAAGAAACGAAAUAUAUACAAAAACCGCCUAAGUUUGAUAUUCCACUUAUUUAUAGUAAUUUAAUAUUUAUUAAACAUAUAUUUAAAGUAUUUCAAAUGGGAAAUGAUCAUUUCAAGAGAGUAUUCGAAUGGGAGAACCAAGAGUUAUCAGCAAUGGCGCUUGGGGGCUGGCUGAUGUUCUGGUAUUUCUUCAGAUUGUGGAUGACUCCGCUAAUACUCCUAUUACCAUUUAUACAUUACUGGCUUGUACGAAGAAAUACCCCAGUUCCUCUGUGCCAGACAGCUGAUGAUGACGAUUCGGACGACGAAACGGAAACACAAAAGGAUGACAAAACAAUCAAAACGAGAAUAAAUGAGCUACAGGAUCUUACACUAACUAUUAAGAACGGGAUCGAUUAUAUCGUGUCGCUUUUGGAGAGGUUACACAAUUUGGUGAAUUUCAGUGUCCCGUAUAUAAGUUACUUAUUUAUGCUCGCGCUGGUUGGGGCAUCUAUCGCCUUCCUGCUGAUACCGGUGAAUUAUUUGUUCAUGGCUUUUGGUAUUUAUAAAUUUGGUCGCAAGUUUAUAAACCCAAAAAGAGUGCCGAAUAAUGAUAUUUUGGACUUCAUAUCGCGGGUGCCUGAUAAUCAGAUGUUGAAACAAUGGCGCGAGCUGAAGGUUCCUGAAGCAGCAGAAGGUCCGUCAGACCCGGAAAAGAGACGAUAGUACAAGAACGUGCAAACGUCUGCAUUUAUUUACGCUCAUUCCCAUCCUACUAACGUAGUGCCAUAGAGGAGAUGAACGUUUCAUAGACUGCUAAAUGGGUCAUAGACAAUAUUUAUGAUAUAAUAUCUGAAUGCUGUGAUAUAAAUUUCCUGUACCACUUAUAAAAUUACUAAGCAAUAGUAAUUAUUAUUAAGCUCAAAAUUUUUAUAGAUAUUACAUGAUGUAUGAGGAUAUGGUAAAGUUUAAUGAUAAUAUGUUAAUAUAAUUAUUUAUAUGUGUAAAAAUAGCAUUUAUGGUGCUGAUUAUUAUCUGUUAUUCGCAUUUCGCGCCAUUUUGCUUUGUCAUCGCGAGCUGUCAAUUCUAUUGCUGACAUUCAAAGAACACGUUCAUUACUGACAGCUGUCAUUUUGGAGAAUCGAAUAGGUUCUGGUGUCAAUUUGUUUUGAUUAGUUAAUCUAUAAAAUUUUAAAUUGCCAAUAAUUAUUAUUUAUAAAUGUAUCUAGAGUGUAGACAAGUUUUGCUCAAUUCCUUGUCAUUGUUACUAAAACAUUGUGAUCGUAGUUUAUUAAGUAUUUUUAAGUAUGUUUAAUAAAUACCUCAGACCUCCGCUGGUAACUUCGGGCGAUAUGGUUGAAUAAAUUAAUUUAAUAAAAAUGCUUUAAUAUAAUAUUUUAAUGGAAAAUUCGUGUGUUUACAUACAUGAGCAUAUUUUUAAUAUCUUAAUAAAUUAGAUAUUAACAUAAAUUAAUAAUUAAAUCGAAGAAAGAUUACCACAGAUUACACAGGGAACAAAACAAAUAAAAAGUAAUUUAUAUAAAGUGGUUUACAAUCUUUGCAAAAAUAUUAUAUUAUGUUGACGCUACGCUAAGGGAUUGGACAUUUUCUGUCGUUAUAUAACAAACCAAGUUGGGUCCUAGACAAAUAUGCUUAGCGACAGGCGUGACUCAUCAACGUUAAUAGAAUUCGUGUAGAAGCGGUCACGUGACUGGACCCACCGCAAAGUAUGUUCGUCUUAAGUAAACACAUAAUAUUAUGUUACCGUAUAAAUACAAAUAAUUAGCGGAGGUCGCAAAUGGUAUGCCUCAAAUUGAGGUGCUGACAGAUCUUGCCAGAUAUCUAGAAUUAUCCUCCUGCGGUUUCGGUAUGUGUAACUCCUUCCAAUCUUUCUGUAAUUAAAUGAUUAUUUUUGA